UUUCUGUUCACACAUGGGAUGAAGUUGGUUUGAAUAAAAUUCUAUUGCAAAAAUACACAUAUAUAAUUAAAUAUUAGAUGAGAUUUGAUCCCAUUAAAGGACUUCGCAGUUACUUAUUAUGUAACAAAUAUAAAAGCCAGAGAAAUUUUACAAGCACAAUCAAAAUGCAAGUUUUUACUCAAAAACGUAAUCCAAUUACUGGGGAUACGGAAUGGGACGUUCAACAUGAAGAUUACGACUAUCACCAAGAAAUUGCUAGAUCAGCUUUUGCUGAUAUGCUUCACGAUACAGAAAGAAAUAAGAAAUAUCAUAGAGCUUUGCAACUAGCAAUACAAAAAAUGCAUAGUUAUGGCAAGAAAGCAAAUGUUUUGGAUAUAGGAACCGGUACAGGUUUACUGUCUAUUAUGGCAGCAAAUUGUGGGGCUGAUACAAUCAUAGCCUGUGAAGCUUUCAAGCCUAUGGCAGAAUGUUGUAUGAAGAUUCUAGAAGCAAAUGGUGUAGCUGAUAAAAUUACUGUCAUCCCUAAAAGAUCCACACAUUUGACAGUUGGUGAUGAUGGAGACAUGAAACAGAAGGCUAAUAUAUUAGUUACUGAAGUGUUUGAUACUGAAUUGAUUGGUGAAGGUGCAUUGUCAACCUUCUCGCACGCGCAUAAAUAUCUCCUGGAAGAAGACUGUAUUGUUAUUCCUGAUUCAGCUGUUAUAUAUGCUCAGGUUAUCGAAAGCCCGCUACUGCAAAAAUGGAAUAAACUUAAUGAUUUAGUUGAUGAAGAUUUAAACCUGUUAUUACGUACACCUAAAAAGAUGAAGGAUUGUGCAGGUUCAGCAGCUGUUCAUGAUAUUCAGCUGUCGCAAGUUCCUCGUGAAGCAUUCAAAGAGCUCUCUGAUCAGAUACCAGUAUUUUAUUAUGAUUGGUCUGGUCAUUCCUCCAUUGACAUGAAACGUAGUGUCCAACAGCUCUUUACAGUUACUAAUACUGGCAGAGCUCAAAUGAUCUUUAUGUGGUGGGAACUUAAUAUGGACCCUGAAGGUAAAAUAUGCUUGAGUUGUGCACCAUGGUGGGCACAUUCCGAUGCUAAUUUAUCAUCAGAAAGUCCCAAGGACUCCAUACCAUGGCGUGACCAUUGGAUGCAAGCAGUUUAUUAUCUACCAAAGGAACUGACAUUGGAAAAGCAUACAGAAGUCUCUUUGAUAUCUUGCCAAGACGAGUACUCCUUGUGGUUCUAUUUACAAGACGAGAAAACAAAACAUAAACAUUAUCAAAGACCCAUUUGUGAAUGUGGGGUCCAUAUGGCUCUUUCAAGAACUCACGUGUCCUAUUUAAACGAUGGGAGGCGAAGUAAAAAAUUACUUCAGAAAGUAAUAGAAGAUGUUUCAAAUGAUUCCGUUGUUUUAGACCUAAAUGGUAGUAGCCUUCUUGGGCUGGCUGCCGCUAGAGUAGGAGCUAAAUCGGUUUACAUAAUUGAAAAUAUGAAUUUAAAUAUUGGGAUCUUAAAUGAUUAUAUUAAAGAAAAUGGAAUAGAUAAUGUUCAGAUAAUUUCAGAGCCAACGGAUGAGAUUUUAGAGAAUGUGACUAAUGUAGUCUGUGAUCCCAAUUUUAGUACGGCAAUACUGCCGUGGGAGAAUUUAAAAGUUGCAUACUUGUUGUACAAGUAUAGCGGUAAAUUGAAGGAUAAUAUUGCUGUUAUACCUUCAAGUUGCGAGUUUUGGGCUAUGCCUGUUGAAUUUCAAGAUUUGCAUAAGAUAAGGAUACCGCUUGGAGUUUGUGAGGGAAUUGACAUGUCUAUAUUCGACAUACUUGUUGAGAAGUCUCGUAUGAUCAGCGACGCGGAAAUAGAAGCCCAGCCACUGUGGGAAUAUCCUUGCAAAUGUCGUGGACUGCCGAGAAAACUAUUCGAUAUUGACAUGAAGAAUUUGAAGCCUACCUUCGCAUGUGACGGGAAAAAUCCAAUCGUGGAUUCAGAAAUUGAAGGAGAUAAUCCAGUGAACGGUUUCGCCAUAUGGGCCGUGUGGGUGGUGGGAGAAAAUCGAAUCAGCUCAGGGCCCGUUGACUGGCCGACCUUUGGGGAGAACGUUAAUUGGGAUUUGCACACCAGGCAGGCGGUGAAGAUACUUAAACAUUCAAGACUUGUAACCGACUCGGAUGUAUGGUAUUAUCAAGUAGCAUGCGAUUUAGAAAAGGGGCAAUUCAAUCUGCAUAUAGACUGGGUUAAUGAAGAAUGACACGUUAUAGUUUGCGUCCGUAUAUAAAUAUAUUUAUAUAUAUAUAUUACGCAAAAUAAUAAAUAUUUAUGCGAUGACUACCUGAA